GAGGAUAUUGUUUGCACACGGAUUGUUUAUCGCAGCGGUAAAAACAAUGUCCAUCAUCAUAGUACCUAUGGUUAUAUUCUACUUUAUUUGGAUUACAUUCAUUUAUUACCGAAAUCGACGAACAGUGGAUAAAUCCUUAAAAUGUAUAGUAAACUCUUUAUCAAACAGGGGUGCCAUAGCAGCCUCAGACGAUGUUGAUGUUAGAGCACUAAUUGUAACUGCACAUCCAGAUGAUGAAUGUAUGUUUUUCGCACCAACAAUUAUACGACUCGUGGAAUUGAAUGCCACUGUUCGCUUGCUCUGUUUAUCAGCAGGAAAUUACUACAAUCAAGGAACUCAGCGUAAAAAGGAACUGCUCAACAGCUGUGCACUACUGGGGAUACCAGCCUCUCACGUGACCAUACUUGAUCAAAAAGAACUUCCAGAUGACCCCAGUGCAGAAUGGAGAAUCUCCCUGAUCUCCUCCUUGAUCAGGAAGCACGUGAGAUCCCACUCCUCCAACAUGGUUCUGACGUUUGACGGAAGAGGAGUAAGCGGCCAUGCCAACCACACGGCCAUCCACGAGGCGGUCAGUCAUCUUGCUUCCACGGGCCAAGUUACUGACGACUGCUGUCUGCUUAGCCUGGACACUGUGGGCCUCUUCAGGAAGUACCUGUCUUUCCUGGAGCUUCCAGUCAGCUGGCUCUGGCCCUCCGCCCUGUGCUGCGUCACAGGCCCCAGGGGCUAUGCCAUUGCCAAGGGCGAGGCGUAUCAUUCCAGGGAUCACAGUCUUGUGAUUCCGAGGCAAUCUCAAAGAUCCCACUGUCGAGUUUAUGGGCCUAGUAAAGUUACGACUCUUCUCAUCACUCUCCUCGCAUGUACAGUAUGUCAGCGUUGAAUGAAAGUGUCUGUUUUGAAUGACUCAAAUGUAAAUAUUCUCAUCUCUUUCCCUCAGGCGGCCAUGUUCUGCCAUGUGACCCAGAUUCUGUGGUUCCGUCACCUCUACAUCUUCUUUUCACGUUACAUGUUCAUCAAUACAUUCCAAAUGCUUCCACGGGGACCAAGGAACCUGAAGAUCUAUUAGGGUUCCUCACACAAACUUCAAUGCACUGAUUGUAGCUUAUACUGUAAAUAGUGUCUGCUUCCUAAUAAUGAAAUGUAUAUAGUUUUGUAAGCCGAAAAUGGAUUCUUGUUGAUAUAUCUGGGGGGAUUUCUAUCUUAAAUACUGAAACUUUGAUUCAACUUGGUAGGGUUUAUAUUUAAGUGAGUUUCAUUUUUCUUUCCUUUGUAAUAUAGACUCAAUAAACAAUGCACUUGUUUUGACAGAGGUCAAAGGUUUCUUAUGGUA